GUCACGGCAAAGUGUGUUACUGUGUUUACAGUUCAUCUGAGAGGGUCGUUGGCAAAAUGUCUAUUGUUGCAGUGGAGUGAUACAAUUUAUGUUGACUGUUUGCUACCAUGCUGCUGCCAGUACAAAAACUCAAGAGAAUUAAAUGGCUCUGGCAGCCCGGCUGUGGAGUCUGGCUGGUUGUAUUGACGCCGUCCAGUUCAUACAACACGUGUCUGCUGUUUGUGACCGGCCAGACAAGAGCUGCUCACUAUCUGCUGGUUACCCAGCCACUCUUUCAGCGCGGACUACCGAGAAAACAGCCGUUGGAGUACCUGCUGAGUUACCGAGCGCCGCCCCACCCCCUGUCAGUUCUCUGUUACCCGCUGAGGUUGUACUCGAAUGCCCUUGAACGGGUGAGUUCCUUCAGGGCGGUGCCCGGGCUCUCACAGAUGGCAGUGAGCGCCCUCCAGCUGGCGAGUCAAGGCUUUUACUAUGAAAACAAUGAAGUCACGUGCUACAGAUGUCAGCGGCGGACAAGAUUCAAUGGCCGUGAUCCGAACUUUGACCCAGCCCAUGAAGAUGGGUGUGACAACUUGGCCUCCAGUAGGGGAGAUAACAAUCAGAACUACAGGCAAAUACUCUAUCAAAAUGACGACGCUAUCCUCAACCAUCAACAGCCCCAGCAAGACACGCCCCAGCAAGACACGCCCGACAUAUUGGAGGAAGCCCCCCUGGUGCCAGACAAUGUGAGCCGCACCCACCGAGAGACUGCCGAGAAGCUGGAAGACAACGAUCAAUCACUGCACCCCAGACCUGCAAAUCUGCUCUCAAUGGGGCUGCAUCAAUAUGUGAUUGGAGGGGAGAGCGAGGUGGAUGGCAUUGUUUAUGCUAGGCGACAAGUGUACACAAAUCAAGUUGUAGAAAGACAAGCUAUCGCGCAAGUCAUACGGGCUAAAUCCAUGGUUACAGUUUCUCUACAUCAGCUUUCUAAUAAUCGGGAUUUCCCGAAUCUAAAUAUAGAUACUCAGGUUUUCCCGCAAGGUAGGUCCAUGGUUUAGUUGUAACACCAAG